UGCAAUAGUCCCAUCCCCAUGCUGUAUUCAAUCUCAUUUUAGAUUAGAUAGAAUGGAUGUCAAGCACCGUAUAUUGCAGCGAUACGAGAAUGCUAUUGUACAAAGAUAAUUUGGAAAGUAGCGUGCAAGGAGCGUUAUAGGCUUCUGCCAAGCAGAGCAAAAGGAGAAAGGCAAAGCUAUUCUACAGGUCAAAGAUUCCGGGAUCAAGUAGAGACACUGGACUCUGCCAGGCGAUUGCUGAAUGCAGAGCUGAAACUCAGACCGAGCACCGAAUUGGGCGUCGAGAGCGAUUCGCUCUCACUGUCCAGCCAUGGAUCUGCACUGCCAAAAGCGUCCUCAGUCUCAGACAUGUGGCCUUCGAACCAUCCAUUCUCGGAGGGUGGGUCGACAAAUGCAAAAUCAGUGUGGGCUGAGAUGUCAGAGCCAGCAUCGGACCAGACACCCGAGUCCAAUCGACCAAAGCUGGGAGGAGAAGCUCGAGAUUCGGAUGCCCAGGCAUUGGAUGCCAUGAACGACGCGGAGAAGUCGAGAGUGGGGAGAAUAAGCGAUUGGGCCGGGUCUGAAUCGACUGCCGGAGGGGACGACAGUCCACUGGCCAUACCGGAAAGCACAGACGAAGUGUCCGAAAAGCUAUCCUCGCCCUGCGACGCACUUCCAUAUUCCUCCUCCAUGACACACCACCCUGUGCCACACUCCCCAAUGACACCGCGCACAGCCGCCAUGCUCCAUCCGUGGAACGUCACGCGGAGCACAGUGCAAACGCCAUCGUGUGUGGGGUUUGAAUAGGCCGAGGAGACGGCACCGCGGGACCAAACUUGUGCUGCAUCGAGCCGGCGGAAGAGCGCUGAGACGCGGAGGCCGUGCGUUUCGUGCUUGUCGUGGAUGUCAAGCAGGGAAGGCAGUGACAGCCGUCCCGUCGACGAGGUCGAGACGGGGAAUUCCGGGAGCGGAACGCGGUCGGUGGGAGUAGGCGCCAGGGGGACGAGGAGGAAGGUAGUGACGUCCGGAACGGAGGGAGAAGCGAAGUAGUGCUCGAGCUCGUCCUGCUCAGCGACCUUGGCAACGACGGGCUUAGCAGCCUUGGGCUUCAUCAUCUCCUUGCCCUUCUUCGCUGUCGAAGAGCCGGCUUUCUUCGUGGGGCGGCGCAUACGCUCCUUCUCCUGGUGCAUCUCCAAAUCCCAGUCCGCUUCGUAGAAUGCCCGACCGGCGAUCGGGACGUUCUCAGCCAAUUGCUGGAAGAUGGGCCGGCCGGUGGUAAAGUUGCGGGCGGUACCCAGACCGACUUGGGUCAUGGUGCGUGGGACUACCGGACCACGGGGCAGGAAUUGGGGGCGCAAGGGCCGUGAGAGUGCAUUCCGUGCGCCGAAGGACAGACGUUGUUGGAUGGUGGGGUUCGCAGCAUGGUAGGCACGAGUCACGGAAACACUCGGCGUCGAUCCGAUACCGGGCGUGGUGAGAUGAGUGACGAAUCGAUUGAGUGCCCAGCGAGUGUGGGACAAAAGCUUCUGGCCUAGAGUUGGCGCGCGAGGCCUGAUAGCGGCUGGAAUGUGGAUGUUUCUGGUCGCAUGACCGAUAUUCGGGGGCUUAUGGGCUAACGCCCGCGCCCCAUGAGAUGCUGCUUGCAUCCUGGUUCUCUCCGACCAAAGUGUGCUGGUGGUAAGAGACGAGGUGGAGUUGGGAUGGCUGCGCACACAUCAUUUUGUGGUGCUGGAUCCGGAAGCCGAGAGUGGGACUCCUGUGCUCCCUAUCGGGCAGUCUCUUUGAUGCGUAGCAAAGGGAAUGUUCUGCACGUGCACUCGAUUGUUCAUGGGCCAAUCCAAUGGAAAUGAGCCUUGAUGUCACAACACAUUUCUGCCAUUUGAGAAUCGAUCGAGGAAAAGACUGGUUGUGCUAGCCUUUUUUUCCUGACUCAUCAGUUGGCAUGUUGGUUAUGUUGCGAGGUUGUGGACUUUCUAUCCAAGGCUCUAUCGCAACGGGUGAAAUGCACAAAUUAUACGCGGGUUUUACAUUCUCUUGUGGAGUUUGGAACACAUGGCUUCCAGCAAUACUUACUAUGGCAGACGACCCAUGCUAUCUUCGGUAAGUUUAGCCUCAAGCUCUUGCAACAUCACCAGGAACCUCGGUCUCGCGCGAUCGUAAACAACAAGAGACGAAACAGUCCCGAAACAGAGAACUUAUGACGAGGUGGCAGUGCACCGAUCGGCUCGGCAACCCGGGCACGUGCUCGUUCACCUCCGCCUUCCUUUCACCACACACCACACCCUCACCUCCCUUCACAUUACUAUAUACGAUGUCUGCACGCCGGCAGGCAUCCAGCACUUCGCUCUCCAAGUUCGCGCGGGGCGCCGAUCCCGCGCUCAUGGACCGCACGACAGACUACUGCAACGCCUUCUGGGGCAUGGGCGAUGGCGGGGUGGAUGUGCUGUUCGCGCGGAUGCGCGGCGCGGCACGGACGAUGGAGGAGCUAAGGAGCUUCUGGAAAGAAAGGGCUGUUGUGGAGGAAGAGUACGCGAAGAGGCUGGGAAAGCUUGCCAAGGUGCCACUGGGACGGGAUGAGAUCGGAGACUUACGCAACUCAUUGGACACUAUCAAGACCGAGACCGAGAAACAAGCAGGGGCACAUCUCAACCUCGCGCAUCAAAUUCGAAACAGUCUGGAAGGGCUGACUGCGACCUUCGUAGCUAAGCAGCAGCACCAUAAGAAAUUGUACCAGGGAGCUGUCGAAAAGGAAUUCAAGGCCAAGCAGACACAGGAGGGCUACGUGAUCAAAGCGCGCGACAAAUACGAGAACGACUGCCUGCGGAUCAACUCAUACACAGCGCAGCUGGGACUGGUGCAGGGCAAAGAUGCAGAGCGGAUACACCUGAAGCUCGAAAGGGCGCAACAGACGGUUGCGCAGAAUGAACGGGACUUCGCCAACUUCACGAGGGCGCUGGGGGAGACGGUGGGGAAAUGGGAAUCAGCUUGGAGGACAUUCUGCGAUAGCUGCCAGGAUCUGGAAGAUGACCGGCUGGAAUUCACGAAGAACAACAUGUGGGCAUACGCGAACGCAGUUUCCUCGGUCUGCGUGCUUGAUGAUGAGUCUUGUGAGCAUAUACGACUCACUCUGGAAGAGAUGGAACCAGAAAAAGAUCAGGAGAACUUUGUGCGAAAUUAUGGGACAGGGAAUCAGAUACCGGAUCCGCCCAUCUUCGUUAACUUCACGGAUCCCAAUGCCAUUCCAUCAGCGUCCGCCCGUCAUACCUUCCGGAUAGCCAGCUUUGAACGCUCGACGCAGCGAGUUCCGACAGAGGACUAUGCGUCUCAGCCCGCCCCCCAGCCUGACCCUGCGGAGAUCGUCACAACAAACAUCGCAGGUCGCGGUGCUGGUGCCGGUGGUGUGACGCCAGCUACGACGGGCACACAGUCUUCACCUGCACCUUAUGCUGCUGCGGGAUCAUCGUCGGGGAUUUCUGCCGGGCAGGUCCAUCAGCCCCAACCACAUGCGGCAACGGAACACAACGACAGAGCCAGCAUGAUGAUGGCGGCGAACCACCUCACGCCGUCCUCCCAGCAGUCGCCGACCAAUUAUGUGAACGGCUCGCUCUCGCGUGCCACAACUACCGCGUCGAAGCCUUCUCCGCAUCGGGUUGCGCCACCACGUGAGGAUCCCCCCGCAGAGGAGACGUACAUGCGGAUUGGGGAGAAUGCGUACCGGGUGGAUGCGCACAAGGAUCCCUCACAGCCUGGGCCGUCACGGGCCAGUGCUACUCCGAGUGGGUUUGAUCCACUGGCGAAGCAGAUGGAGGAUCUGCAGCUGGCUGCAGCGACGGUUCGGAGGAAAAGCACGCGCAGGACGACGGUCGACAUGUCCCACCCCACAUCGCAGCCUGUUCAGCAACAACAGGCGCUUGCUCCUCGACCGAGUUCCAUGGGGCCGGGGUCGAUAUUGCCGCCGAUGCACCAGAUUUCUCGGUCCCCGUCGCCAGGGCCCGGACGCGACUACCAGCAGUCGGCUGAUUCAGUCGUAGGGUCGCAUCCUGCUGCCUCGCGGCCCGCCUCGCCGAAUCCGGCGCCAAUCACGGCAGCAUUCAUGCGACCAUCGUCGACCGUGCCACCCGGCGCGGAGAUGAUCACCGACGUGCUGAGUGACUACCACCAGUCUCUCCCCGGCGAACGGAAGAGUGUCAGCCGCUCGAACAGCCGCAGGAGCAGCUACGUCGGGCCCGGGCACAUGUCGAACCCGAGCCAGAGCUCGCAGAUGAGCGCUGGGCACAAUUUGGGGCGACCGCCGAGCACGGGCUUCGCCGGGGUCGGCUCUAUGUCGAGGAGCAGCAGCCCGCAGCCAAUGGCGAUGGGACCCGCGCGAACGCCGAGUCCUGGGCUGGCGAUGGCAAUGGUGCCGGUGAACCGGGCGCCGAGUCCCGGGCCGGCGUAUCGUCAGAGUCUCGUUGCCCCGGGCAGCAGCAUCAACCGACAAGGCUCGACGAGUCCCAAUCCUGUGGGGAUUGCUAUUGACUCGACGGGGAGGGUCACACACGACGAUAUGGCCAUGCGGUACCACCAUCAACAGCAGAUCCAGGCACGCCAGCCGUCGCCCCAGCCGAGGCAACGUCAGAGCAUGCAGUCCAGCGGGUUUGCACCGAUCUCUCAGCAUCAGCAACCCCAGCAGCAGCAGCCGCAGCAGCCGCAACUGACCGGUCCACAACGCCGCCUGAGUUAUAUGGGGCCAGCGGCAAUCACAGCACCUCCCCCGCCGCCGAUCCAGCAGGCUUACAACUCCUACCAACAGCCCCCACCGCAGCAACACCAGCAGCAGCUUUCGGGCUUUGCACCAUCCCAGCAGUCGUUUGCUUCGAAUGCGUACCAGCAGCAACAGCAACAGCAACCGUAUCAGCAGUUGCAGCAGCAGCAGCAGCCGGUAUACAACGGCCAGGGACUGCAGCGCGGUCCUUCGACAAACAACUAUUACGCGGAUCCACGGCAGCAGCUCGUUCGUGCAAAUCACCAGCCUCCUCCCCAACAGCAGCAGCAGCAAAUCCAGGCGCCACCCCCGCAGCCGCAGCAGCAGCAACUCGUGCGAGUCCCUCCGAUCCAGCAGCAACGCACGCCCUCCCCCGCAGGCAGGCAGCGGACGUCGGACGGAAAAUGGAUCCAGUUCUACGUCCGGGCUUUGUUUGACUACCGGGCCACGAUCGAGGAGGAGUUCGAUUUCCAGGAGGGCGAUAUCAUCGCUGUGACGGAGACGCCGGAGGACGGCUGGUGGCACGGGGAGCUGCUGGACGACGCAAGGCGGGUCCCCGGGAAGUCGGUCUUCCCCAGCAAUUUCACGGUCAUGUUCUGAUCUGUACUGACGGCCUUUUUUGCUUUCGUAUGUUUCUCCUGGGCUCAGUGCAUCGACGUCGACUGGGAUGUCAGGAGCAGAUAGUGGGUUGAGGACAUCAAUGUCUCGCAACGUCCGCCGCUACCGAACGUUAACCAAGUGCUACCACUUGCAGAAUCGAAUCAUGUUCUCCAUCGUAGCUGUAGACCUUGCAUACAUUCCAACAGACUCCUCGCGCGUAAACAAACCCCUUCUCGAACCCUGGCAACUCGGACAGGAUCAGGUGAUCUCAAGACGACUCGAACUGACGCCGCCACCGCGUCUCUUUCUCGCUUCACGAUUGUCGACGCGGUCAACACAGGAUUCGAGAAUCGACUCCCAGUCGUUCACCAACCUGUCAUUCCGACAGAUAAGGCUUAUCUCGAAUCAAUGCACACAUCACCGGGGCGGAUCCCCGCCUCCGCAGAGUGUUGCUCGCUCCUACAAUGACUUUGGAGCGCGUCGCUGACAACGUCCCUCGUCUCAUGGACCUCAAAUCUCUUCAGUCCUCGCUCUCAGGGCUCCUCCGCACUCUCAAACGCGUCGGGCUCUUAUCCACACCUCUUCUUUUCCGCCUCUCACCAGGUGGCGGAAACGGAUACCUCCACGACCAGGCGAUCGAAGUCAGCGCCACGGUGUCGCAAAGCUCUUCCCAAACGUUUCUCGGCAUCGGCGGCUCAGGCGCAUGGUGGCCGUACGACCUGUACAACUUCCCCGAGCCCGUCCGCCAGAACCUCUCCGCGCUCCUCUUCUCCCCCGACGGACUGGGCCUGACGAACUACCGAUGGAACGUCGGCAGCGGCGGCGUGGACGUGGACAACCCGACGCGUGCGAUCGAGACGUUCUACCGUGUCGGCGCGGGGGACGGUGCGGGGCGCUACGACUGGAGCGCGGACAGGCAGGGGGUAUAUUUCUUGCGCAAGGCCGCGGAGCACGGCGUGCCGUCCCUGACGGCGUUCGUGAAUAGUGCGCCGGCGCCGUUGACGUCGACGGGCGGAAGUUGCGGUGGCGCGUUUGUUAAUGGCACCGGCGCUGAAUUCGCUGCGUUCCUCGCGGAUGUGAUUGUUCACUGGAGAGAAGACGGCAUCCCCAUCAACUUUGUCUCGCCGAUGAACGAGCCGGACAACGACUUUGGGCCCGCUCCGUGCGGCCAAGAGGGUAUGCGGGUUGACGCCAACCAACGAGCCGAGAUGAUCAGCACCUUGUACGACGCACUCGAUGCCCGGGGGCUGGCUGCCUUGGUCGGAAUCAUCGCAGACGAAUCGGCUACCUUGGUGCGCUCUGAGACGGAGUAUCCCAUCUGGCUGCCUCAAGUCAUCGGCAAAGUCGCAGCUCUUGUCCACCAUACUUAUGACUUCCCAUCGGAUGAAGUGUAUUUGGAGUUUGUCAACCACACCCGGGCGACUUAUCCUGAUAAACCGCUUUGGAUGUCGGAAAUCUGCUGCUCGCUGGGUGAGGCGGAUGGCACGGGUCGAGGAUGGUCUGGAGGGUUUGACCCGACAAUCAAGAACGCUCUGAUGUGGACGACGAUGAUGUUCCAGAGUCUGAUCAUAGCUGAGCAACCCCAAUACGAUUUCUGGACACUCGUUUCUGGAGGGAUCGGCUGUUCCCCGCUCUCCGAUCCUGAAUGCGUGACGACGGGAAAUGCGGAUGGCUGGACGGACGGUCUGAUUUAUUACGAUCCCGACUAUGCAACGAAUGGCAACUACGAGCUCUACCUUACGAAACACUUCUGGACGUAUAAGCACUUUGGGAACUUUGUCAAACCUGGGACACAGCGGCGAUCGAUCGCUGGAGUAAGUGCUAAAUGGGCGCAUCGUGUUCUGGUCGUGUACGAACCCGCGACGUCUGGGUAUUCUGUCCUAGCGAUGAACCCUGGCUCGACAUCCGUGGAUCUCCGAUUGUCCUUCCCGCAUGAUUUGUGCAGCACUGUGGCGUAUCGGACUUCAGCGGAUGAGGACUUUGCUCUGAUCAUGGGCGCAGCUGAGCUGGAUGUCGAAGAUCGUUGGAGCAUGUUGCUGGCCCCUGGCAGUCUGACGACGUUCCGGUUCCAACAUUGCUGACAGUAGCAUGAUAUUUACCACUCCUAGACAUCUUUUCCCUUCAUUCUAUCUUUAUCGGUCAAGGAUUACCAAUGAAUGAUACCAUUAUCAACACUGGAGUGUGCUUGCACAUCGGCCACCCGGCUGUGCUUGGGCAGCAUUCGGACGCCUGCGAAUCACGGCGAUCUUUGUUCGAAGCCCGGACUGGGUGAGUCAUCGAGUGGGGAGCGCGCGUCGAUAAAAAGUCGGUACUCGAGGGGUAGACUGCAUUAAAGCUCCCAGCUUCUACAAAUCUGAGAACCAUGUCUGACACAAUCGAGAAACCCAGCUCAUAUUUCCCACUUGCCAACGCCACCGGAGACGGCUGGACGAAAGACGGGAAGGCGACGGCGACCUGUUUUUGCGGUGCCGUCCAACUUGCAUUCCCGACCGAAGGCCCUGGGCUCGUCAACACGUUCGUGUGCAACUGCACCGACUGCCGCAAGAUCACCGCGUCCAUGUUCGCGUCCAACUUCACCGUCGCGGACACGCACCUGACGCACAUCCGCGGCCGCGAAAACCUCACGACGUACGCGCAGGGCCGCACCAUGGCGCGCCAGGGCAACACGAUGACGAACUACUUCUGCGCGACGUGUGGGUCGCUGAUGUACCGCGUCGGAUCGGCGUGGCCGGGGUACAGCAUCCUGAGGAUCGGGACGGUGGAUGACUUCAGCUUGCACGAGACGAAGCUGCGGCCGCAGAUCGAGCAGUUUACGAAGGAUCGGGUGAGCUGGUUGAAAGGUGUUGAUGAGACACAGAAGUUUGAAGGGAUGUCCGAGUAGUCUCCGAUUGAUGUGUUUGACAGUCAAUGAGAGAGGAUGGUCUAUGUAUCUAUCUUGUAGAUUCGAAUUAUGCAAUUCUCGACAGAUUCAUC